AUGAAAUUUUCAUCAGCUUUAUUAUUAUCUAUUGCUCCAGCAAUCGCUGCUGCUGCUUACGCCAAUGGUACCGUUACUGCAACUGAAGUUAACACUGCUGUUGUUACGAUCACCUCGUGCUCUCACGACAUAUGUCAUACAUCAGAGCAAACUACUGGUGUCACCACUGUUACUGACCAUGUCAAGAACACUAUCUACACCACUUACUGUCCACUCACAGCAGCAGAGUCAUCAGAAGCAGCAGCACCAGCAAGCUCAGCAGCACCAGCCGGAUCAGCACCAGCAGGCUCAGCAGCCCCAGCAGCUUCAGCCCCAGCAGCUUCAGCCCCAGCAGGUUCAGCACCAGCAGGCUCAGCAGCACCAGCAGCUUCAGCCCCAGCAGAAUCAGCCCCAGCAGGCUCAGCAGCACCAGCAGCUUCAGCCCCAGCAGGAUCAGCACCAGCAGGCUCAGCAGCCCCAGCAGAAUCAGCCCCAGCAGGCUCAGCAGCACCAGCAGCUUCAGCCCCAGCAGAAUCAGUAGCAGCAGUAUCAUCAGUUGCAGCAGAAUCAGUCGCCCCAAGCUCUAGUGCUGUUGCUGUUGAAUCUGCCGAAAAUGCAGGUUCCCAAGCUGUCCCAGCUUUCGCUGCUGGUUUAUUAGCUGUGCUCUCUUUCUUCUACUAA